UAUUAAAUCAUUGAGAAAGAUGACAUUAUUUCUACCACAUUAAAGUUGAAGAUAUAGACUAUCUUGAAAUGAGCUGUUGGACUCAACUCAUUCGAUAUGCUAAUUAUUUAUAACAGAAAAUUGAUUCCCCGAAUUCAUUUUUCUCUCUCCACAUUCAUUUUGUCACAUUCCAAUCGCUCUCCCUCUGUCACUCUCCUGCUUCUGCUCACGGAUACAGAUGCGCUUAUAAUUUGAGUAAAGGGCUUUGCUUGUCAACCGUAAGGUUAAAAAACCCAAUUUUGCAAGCGCCUGACCGAGCGCACCGAGUCCCGGCGAGCAAGAGAUCGAGGGAGAGAAGGAGAAAUGGGAACAGGUUGGAGGAGAGCAUUCUGUACUUCGACUCCUCGAGAUCCAGAAAACUCGGCGGCGCCGGAGAAACAGCAGAAGCAGCGGCGAGUUCGGCAGCAGUUAAGCCCUUCUUCAAGCCCAAGUAAUCUGAGCCAGAGCCCCCGCAGGUUCGCCAAGUUUGGAGUCUUUUCAGGUGGGGGAAGCUGCAAUUCAUCUUCUCUCCGUCUGCGUUGCAGAACGGCGGAUACUUCGUCGGAGCAUCCCUUGCUUUCGCCGCCAUUGGAUAAUAUGAGCGCCCCCCAUUGUAAAAACGGCGACUUUACAACACCGUACACGCCGCCUUCUUCUGCUGGGGUUAAAGGGAGCCCAAGAUUGCUGCUGACGCGCUCGAACCCCUCCUCGCCGCGAUCCCCUUCUAGAUUCGCCUUGUUGAAGGCUACUCUUCGUCUUUCUCGGAGCAGCUGCGGAAUAUGCUCACAGAGUGUGAGAACGGGCCAAAGAACGGCCGUUUUCACUGCGGAGUGUUCCCAUUCCUUUCAUUUUCCCUGCAUCUCGUCACAUGUCCGUAACCAGAGUCGAAACCAGGAUGGUUGUCUUUCCUGCCCCGUAUGCUCUGCUUCUUGGCGCGAGGUUCCUUUGUUAUCUUCGCAGUCAAAGCCACUACCGCCGUCCACCACCAACAAGGAUUUCAGUAACCUCAACGACAGUAGCAAAGCCAGGAUCCAACGCAGCGGAGAAAACGAUUUCAAGCAAUCCGGUACUAACAAGAUGUACGAUGACGACGAACCUCUGCUACUCUCAUCAGCAGCGCAAGGUGGUGGCUCCCGCGCACUCCACUUCAAUCCGAUACCAGAAGCUGAUCUUGAAGAUGAGGCGGAAGGAGCAAUCUGUUAUGGACGAAACGGAGUUGAAGCAGGUGGCUGCGGUGUGGAUGUGGUUGCGUUGCCGGAAGCAGCUCUGGUCUCCGCAGAUCGUAAUCAUCAGAACUAUGUGAUUUUAUUGAGAGUAAAAGCUCCGGCUUUUGCGCAGCGAUCUGUGUCCAAGGUAGCGGCUUCUGUGCUCGAUCCAUCUUGCCGAGCUCCUAUAGAUCUGGUUACAGUGUUAGAUGUGAGUGGAAGUAUGACAUCUGCGGCGAAGCUACAGAUGUUAAAAAUGGCGAUGCGGCUUUUAAUCUCUUCUUUGGGCUCAUCCGACCGCCUCUCCAUAGUCGCUUUCUCGGCCGGAGCCAAGAGGCUUCUUCCUCUUGUGAGGAUGUCAAGACAGGGCCAACGUUCGGCUCGUCAGAUCGUCGACCGGCUCAUUGUCUGCGGCGGCAACAGCGGCAGCAGCGGCGGGGAUAAUGGCGUGCAGGGAGAUUGCCGAUGUAUCGGACACGCCCUCCGGAAGGCAACUAAAGUGCUAGAGGAUAGAAGGGAGCGUAAUCCAGUGGCAACCAUUAUGCUUCUCUCUGAUAGUCAUCAGGAGCAGUCUGCUUCUUCUCCAAGUCUUCGGGAGGAAGAAGCUGAUAUAGAGAAUCAUCGCCGCAAUCCAAUUCCUCCCUCGACAGAAACCGUAGCCACACGCUUCACCCAUCUUGAAAUCCCCAUCGGAUGCUCCACCGAGCUCAGUGGCGGCGGUGCUAAUCAAGUCGAAGAUGUUUUCUCUAAGUGCGUGAGCGGGCUGGUCAGCCUAGUUCUUCAAGACGUUCAUCUCCAGCUCGCCUUCCCCUCUGCCUUAGUCUCCUCGAUUUACUCCCAUGGAUCCGCCGGCGGCGGCGGCGGCGGCUGCGGAGAAGGAGGUGUCGGUCUCGCUCUAUCGCAGGGAAAAGGUGGAAAUCACGCCAUUUCGGUUAGAUUAGGAGAUUUCUAUGCUGAUGAAAAAAGAGAGCUUCUUGUAGAGCUAAGACUUCCGGCGGCGCCGCCGCAACAACAAAGGAAUGAUUUUUUAUCUUACAAAUGCUGCUAUCGAGAUCCAACAAGUCGGGAGUUGGUUCUUUGUCAAGAGAGAUCGGUCGUGUUGCCAUCUCUGCGCCAAAUUUCCCCUGCGGCGGUGAGUUCACUUGAGCUGCGCAACUUAUUCAUCACAACCCGAGCUCUGGUUGAAUCCCGCCGUCUUACCGACCACAAUGACUUUGAGACGGCCGCACAUCUCCUCUCCAAAGCUCGAUCUCUACUGAUACAACCCAACGCUACCCCUUCCCACCAUCAUAAAUAUGUUGCGAGCUUAGAGUCGAGGCUUUCAGAGCUCCAGCGGCGGCAAAGGAGGCAGCAGCUUCCGUCGUCGUCUUCAAUGCUGCGCCCUUCAGAUCAGCUGACGCCCACCUCCGCCUGGCGCGCCGCCGAGCAGCUUGCAAAGGUGGCGAUUUUAAGAAAGUCAAUGAGUCGAGUGGGGGAUUUACAUGGAUUUGAGAAUGCGCGAUUCUAGUUUGAUAGAAAAAUAGGAUGGUGGGUGAAAAAUUACCUUUUUUUUUACUGUUUGAUUGAUCCGAGUUGUUUGAAAUCUGCUUCCACUUUUCUCGCUUUAAGCUAUAACUGUAUGAAGGAAUCUUAAUGAUGAGAAAGCCGAACAGUUUAAGAACUGAAAACCAA